AGCUGUAGCCUGUAACUGCGCGACGCGCCGGCGAGGGUGUCCGGUGGCCAUGGCGGGGUGGUCCUGCACGCGGUGCGGCGGGCCGACGACAACUGGAACCUGUGGCGAUAGCAGAUUCAGGUAAGAAUUGAAGACAAUGAUGUCGGCAUCCCUCCAGACACUGGCAUGCUUCUCAAUUCUGUCUGCCCUUAUGAUCCGAUCUGUGGAGGGAAGCAUACCAAUGCCUUGAAGGAGAUGAGUGAGCCAUUGAAGAUUUUCAAGCAGCUUGAUGGCAUCAAAUCUGUUUUGGAAAAAAGGAAAACUAUUCUGUCCGGUACGUACAUCCAGUCUGAAAAGAUUAGCAGAGAAGAAAGGAUGCCGGCGGGGAGACGAGACAUGCUGGAGAAUGGGUACAAUUAUUACUGGAAUGUGCACCAGCUGAAGCUGAUUGAUUGAGUCUUUAAAUAAAUAAAUAAAUAAAAAGGCUGGUAAAAUUAAACCUGUAUCAGUGGUUGCAAUCGAAUGGUGGUCCACGUGAUUCCCUGCAGGAUGAGGCACCUAGCUAGCUGUUGGAUUCCUGCACGAGGCCAAGAAGAAGCCGUGCGGACGAUCAGAUGCACCGAACGAAUGCUCGCAUGAAAUUGAAUGAACGCACACACAGGGAAUGAAGGAAGGAAGCUCCGGUAUUGAUCCGCCGGCCGACAGAUGCUGUCUGAUCAACACUACACUAUGAUGAGUCUAUGACAUGAGUGGAGUGGAGGGACGGUGCACAUGCAUCUUGGGCAGUCUGCAGUGUGCAAGGACGAGAGCAUGCGGUUUGCUUUUGGCGGCUCUAUUCUACCUGCAACUCAUCAGCAGGGAGGGAAGGUAGAAGAGGAGCAACGUGUAGGAGGUACAGUAACAACAAGCUAGCAUGCCAAGUAACACACUACUGUUCCUGUCGCGUACAGUACGUCCAUUUUACGUACUGGGAUCUGGGAAUGGGAUGCUGGUGCAGCAGUACGUAGCAGAGAGCCAGCAGCACCGGGGGUCCAGUCCAGGGGCCUGCCUACCCUCCUCUCUAUACCGUCUGCAUCAAGACGUGCAUCUAAAGGUCAACAGAAAGAAAGGUACCCAUGCUGUGCUAGCAGACACAACCACCGCACCACCAACCAUGUUUUUUUUGUUUAGUCGAUCCUAAUGGCAAAUCAAACCGUGGGGCUCAACGACAUGCAUGAUGCAGAUGCAUGCAGCUAGCAUCGUCGGGCCACCGACGGUUUGACAAUGUGCUCCAUGUUGGAGAGAGACUGAUUAAUAAUGUAUGCGUGCCUUCUCACCCUGACUUUAUUAUUCUUAGCAUUUAAAUCAUGUACUGUAAAAAAUCACCAAUAUAUAGUACCCUUUUUAUGUCAAGGCACACCUGUGAUGAUAUGCAAUGUCUGAGGGUUUUAUUAUAGGAUUUGGAACGAAAUUGACGUUUUACUACGACUGGUAUAUGCACCGAAAAAGAAGUUCAUUUUCGUCCUAGUACGCGAGAUAUAUAUAUGCUGGAUUGUUCAUCAUUUCCCUCAGGUCAAAAGGUGAACAACACAACUGGGGAGGGGACCGACUACGACCUACAACACACACUGUGCAAGGAUUCGGGGACAAGGAAAAAAAAAGGACCAAGCUUUAGAUGCUGACGAGCGAGAACGUGUAAUUUUAAUCACUCUCUACACCGUACGUACAUCUCAACAGCUAAAAUCCCGAUAAAAGAAGAGAAGCAACUUUCUCGUCCAAAACAAGUGAUCAAAUGAACUUGUUUGGGCUACAUGCCUUUGGAGCUGCGGCCCGUUUAUUUUUCGUCGGUUGUUAAUUUUUUUUUUACUUUUUAAAAGGUCGAAAUAAAAAAAAUCUCCCCGGCCUGCCAGUGCUAGUGCCUCUGCCGUUUCCGUAUACUCCAGCCCGGCCCAUUCAGUUCAAUUCCAAUCAAUCAGCCCACGCCCACCACAAACAAACAAACAAACAAAAAAAUCCUCCCCAUUUCCAUCCCAUUCAUCUCCGCCAGAGGAGGGAGGCGAGCCGCGUUUUUCAUUUCGAAAUCAAACCACGACGAUGCCGCAGGCGAUGGCGGACGCCGCGACGCUCUCCGCCCUCGCUCUCUUUGCCUCCCGCCUCUCCUGUCGCAGGUUCGGGGACGAGGACCUCCGGGUGCUGGAGGCCGCGCUGUCCGCCGGCGCCGACGUCCCCGCGCUGCUCGCCACGCGCUCGGCGGCCCGGCGCCUGCUGCGAUCGAGCGCGGCGGAGGCACUCGCGUUCACCGCGGCGGGUGCAUCGCUGGAUGGUGGGGAUGAGAGACGGAGCCUCGCCGUCGCCGACUUCUUCUCACGCGCCUUCGCGCUUGUAGGCGAUGUCGAGAGCUGCCUUGCCAUGAGAUACGAGGCACUGUUGCUUCGAGACGCUAAAUACUGCAACGACCUUCACUUGCAAGUGUCCCGUCAGGAGUGGCUAACUUUUGCAACGGAUUGUCUUGAUAAUGGCUUCUACACCAUUGCCUCCAAGGCUUUUGCAAAUGCUCUUGUGCACAUUCAUCCAAGCCACACAGGGCACUUGGACUCUGCUAAUUCCAUUGAGGAGAAGGACAAGAUCAUUGAAAUAAAAGGACUCCAGAACUUGGCCAAGUCAUUAUCUGCACAGCAUUGUGUUCAGAUAAAGUCUGCUGAAUACAUGGAAAGGAGAGCUUCAGGUGUUCACGAGAAGUAUAAUUUGCAAUCAGGAAAACCAAAGUUAACAGGAAGUUCAAUGUUCAGGCUAGGGAUUAAAACGAGGAACAUAAAGAAAUUGCUUCGUAGCCAGGAAAGGAACUUGGGGGAUUUAAAGCAAUCUUAGCGUUGCAUCUUCCAACCGAGAGGAAUGUUGUAAAAAGAUCAGUUAGGUGACAAUUUAUGCAAAUGGAGACAUGAAGUGGAGUUAUGGAUGGGUCUUUGAUUCAACAUUAAGACAAAUACGUUGAAGAGUAGUUGCAUCCUUUGGUAGCAUACUCACUGUGCAAGUAAGUUGCUAUCUUCAAUGUCUGCAGACUGUUUUUCAUGUGUUGAACAAUAAUAAAAUAGUAACUCCGCCUGUCCGCCAUGAUCGACAUAUCGCCUUAUAAUAAUAUGAAACUGGAAUUUGUUGCUGACUGUUGAAUUGAGUGUUGGAGAACAAUGCGGGAAUCACUGUAUUUUUUA